UAUUUAUAGAUCUCUGGAUCUAGAAUCUAGAGAUUUUAUAUAAACAAUACGAAAGAAACUUAGAAUUGCAACACGUUGCUCAAUCACCAGGAGUUAAAAUCAAAAGAUUAAUUUGUGGAAAGACGUUAUUUUAAUAGAACUCGACCCAGGAUUUCUUUUACCUACAAAAUCUAGAAAAUGAGUUAUGAAAUAGAAGAACAGUGGGAUGCAGAUGAAGAAGUUGAAGGACAGUUUGAUGAUGCUGACUCUGAUGAUAGUGGAGAAAAUAAAACAGCAGCAGAUAAAAUUUCCAAAGUCUUUGGCACAGAAUUUUAUGGUGAACAUUGUAACAGAUAUCAAGAAUAUGAUGAUGAUGAUGACGAUGAUGAUUUUGAAGAGUUGAGAGACUUAAAUACAAAUUUUGCUAGAGAUUUUAAUGUUCAGUCUCAGCAUUCAAACCAUGGGCAGCUCCACACACAAGUCAAUAAAAUCAGUGUUGGGGAGUACAAAAAGGGAAGGCGACGAGAUAAAUCUCAGCAAGCAACUGUUGAACAAGUUCUAGACCCCAGAACUAGGAUGAUCCUUUACAGAAUGCUCAGCAAAGGGACACUACUGGAGAUCAAUGGUGCCAUCAGCACAGGGAAAGAAGCCAAUGUUUACCAUGCUACUGCUAAAGAUGGCACAGAUAAAGCCAUUAAAAUUUACAAAACAUCAAUAUUGAUAUUCAAAGACAGAGACAGAUAUGUUAGUGGAGAAUUCAGAUUUCGACAUGGUUAUUGCAAAUCAAAUCCAAGAAAAAUGGUGCGACUUUGGGCUGAGAAAGAAAUGAGAAAUCUCUUAAGAAUGCACAAAGCUCAAAUCCCAUGCCCAGAGCCUCUCUUGUUAAAGAAUAAUGUACUGCUGAUGAAUUUCAUAGGAGAAGAUGGUGUAGCGGCUCCUUUACUGAAGGAUGCAACACUUCAAGAAUCAAAAGCCAGAGAGUUGUACCUUGAUAUCAUCCUGAUGGUGCGCAGACUCUACCACGAGUGCAAACUUAUCCAUGGUGAUCUUAGUGAAUUCAAUAUGCUGUACUGUAAAGGCAAGGCAUAUAUCAUCGAUGUGUCACAAUCUGUAGAACAUGACCAUCCACAUGCUAUGGAGUUUUUGCGUAAAGAUCUUACCAAUGUUACAGAAUUUUUUAGAAAGAAAAAUGUCCCAACAAUGACAGUGAAAGAGCUGUUUGAGUUUGUGACAGACAGCAACAUUACACCAGAGAAUAUUGACAAAUACCUUGAGGAGUCUAUGAACAUUGCCUCCAACAGGUCACAUGAAGAAAUUUCUGAACAGGAGAAAAUUGAUGAGGAGGUGUUUAAGAGAGCCUUCAUCCCAAGAACUUUAGAUGAAGUUGUAGAUAUAGAGAGGGAUGUGCGUAGGUCUCAAACUAUUGAAGGAGAACAGGUGCUGUACCACACUGUGACAGGUUUGAGGUCAGACUUGAGUGGACCCAGCAAGAUACCUGAGCUUUUAGAAAAAGCUGGAGCUGAGGAUGAAGAAGAAGAUGAGGAUGAUGAUGAUGAUGACAGCAAUGAAGAUGAUGGUGCUGUGAACAGUGACAAAGAGGCUGGAGAGGACAGUGAUGGACAGGAGAAAGAGGUUGGUGAGGAUGAGGAUGGCAAGAACAGCAAGAAGUUGCACCCCGCCAGACAUAAGAAUGAGUCAGCCGAGGACAAAAAAGAAAGAAAGAAACAAGUAAAAGAAGCUCAGAAAGAAAAAAGACAGACAAAGAUACCGAAACACAUAAAGAAAAGACAAGUCAAGCUAGGAUCUUUGAAAAAAUAAAAGUUUAAUCUAAUUCCAA